UCCACAGGCUGUAGGUAUCCUAAUGCCAGCUCUAGUCUGAUUUUUCUAUUUUGUGCAGCAUCACUCACAUGUGCAGGAGUGGGGUUACCUGUGACGAUGUGCUUAAGUUGGGGACAUUCCUACAGGUAAAAGCAAUGUCACCAGCUUUAUUGGUGAUUAGGCCCUGGAGCCGUGCAUGUGUGACUGUGGUCCUAGAAAAUAGUGCUCUGGGGUUUGUGACCCACUGUCUGUGACGGAGCACUGCACAGACUUCCUUGAAGUUAGAUGAAAGAAUGUUUCCUGGGACAGCUUCUCCAGUGAGAUCUUGUUCUGAGGUUUGACAUCCAUAGGCUCCAACGUGGAGCGCUGCCACAAGCACCCUCCAUGUGCAUCAGCAGAUCUGCAGCUUUGUAAGUAAUCCUCUUCUGGGGGUGGAGGGAAUCCUUUUUACCAUCUUCUAACAGUGCUCAAUAAUCAUCUUUAAGAUGGUGAGUCUUGUCAGACCAGAGUACAUUUCUCACCAUUCUACCACCCUGGUCAUCCACGUGACUUAAAGGUUGAGUAGUUUGUGUGGUAGCAUGGUAAAUUCAGGCAGUGUUGCUUAUCACAGGACUCAACAGUAAGCUAAAGUGGAACUAAUUCCUCUCCAGGUGGUACUGAUCCCUGGCUGAAAUUUCACUUGGUGACUUGCUGCUGCUUUUGAGCAUUUGUGAAUUAAAUGAGAUUGCAUGGCUUUAUUUAAAAUGUUCAAUUUUUAAUCAAAGCUGGCUGCAUUCUUAGAACUGUGAAUGCUCUUUAAAAGCUAUGGCUGGCAAUUAGUAGAUAAAGCACUACAUUUAGCGCACAAACACUACACAGCAGAAGGAGCUUUCUCUGUCAGAUAGCUGUAGAGAGUAAUUUGCAAGACCCAAUAAUAAAUGAAGUAUCUUGUGCUUGCGAAUGUGGCUUACUCACAGUUUAUGAAGCACACGGUUUUUGUAGUAAAGGAGGGGAUAAAUAACUGGCAUGUUUCGGUAGCACUUGACACCUGUGGGUCAAAGAUUUUAUAUUUCCUCAGAGCAUUUGCCAAACUUCCUUUUAUGUAGCGUGGAGAAUGGAGGAGCAGCAGCAUCUUCUUUCACGGCGGUUCGCUUUUCUCUUACCUACUGCUUUACUCUUCUCCAGUUCUUGCCUUCUCAGUCCAACUUCUUCCUCUUUACUAUUUCUGGUCUCUCUCCUCCUUUUUCCAAAAGUAUCCUUUUCUCUCUCUCUAUGUGCCACCCCCAAUCUGCCUUUCCUCUGGCAGUGAUGCUUCUGGGCUAAGCAGAGAGGAGAUGCCAUAGAUUUUGCAGUGGGGAAAAACAAUUGUUUUGUAAGUUCUGGUAUCUGAGAGACUGGAAGAAGAAAGGGCAGAGGAGCAGCUGCCUUUGGAAUUCUUGUAAUCCCUUUACCACUGCCUGUUAUGAAGCAAUAACUCUGCUGGCCCUUGAUUAUACGGUAGGAAAUGUGACUGCGCCAAGAGGAAACUGGACUUGCAAUGCGAUGGCAGUACUGACUGGCAGGGUCAGCAUUGGGUAAUUCUGUUUCUACACAUAUCAUUCUCAAAAUAACCUAAUAAUUUCUUUUUGUGGCCUGGCUUGUGCAGAUUCCUCCAAGUAAAGAAUAUUGAAAGAUAAUGUUGUCCUGAUAUAUAAACUUGCACUUAGACUGGAAAUCCACCUUUCCCUGACAGUAAGUUGGUGUUUGCUUUGGCAUUGGCUUCGUGUUAUCAUGGUGGUUGAUCUGCUUCUCAAUCUGGAUAACCAGUGAUUCUUUUCAUAUUCUGUCAUCAGCAUUAGGUUAGCAGAUGAACAUUUUAAUUAAUACCAGCACAUUCACAACACCACAGAACCCUUGCAUAAAUCUCUUUUUUAGAGAUGCACACUGUGUAUUUGAUGCAUGCUUUCAAGAUAGUUUUCUUGGAGUAAGCAGGUUACACACGCAAUUCCUGUCACCUGGCGUGGAACUUCUUCAUUGUGUUAAACCUUUUCAGCAGUUGUUGGAACAGAGUUGUACCUGAGAUGCACUGAAUUUCCUUACAGGAAAUGUUGCAGGAGUUGGCGCUAGGCAUUGUAUUGUUUUAAAUAAGAGCUCCUUCCAGAGGGCACCACGUGAGCUUCCUUCGCUACUAGUGACGAGCUGCCACAGAUGGGCUCUCGUCACUGGUGUUGUGUCAUCUUGCACUGAAUCUCUGCCUCUCCAGCUUGCUCUAUGUCUUCUAAUGAGUCUUCUGUGCCAAAGAAAAAAGUUGAGCAGGAAAUAAGUUCUUAUAAGUUCUUUGCCUUGGCAGUCAUAAGCCGUCUAACCGCCCUUAUUGAAAAGGUGUGACCUUUGCUACUUGGUUUCAGUUUCACAAGGAUUCCCUCAUUGGUUUCUGUUUUUCCCAAAUGUGGGUGUCUUACAUGCAGGGGAAAAGCUGGGUUGGGGAUCAGAAGAUGCCACGGGUUUCCCUGCUCUUGUUCUGUUGUUUGCGCACACCUGUUUUUAAGCUAUUGGAACUGUCUGGUGGAAACAGAAAUUGGAUACAGCAUUACAAAGGUAAAAAGAAGGUGAAGUGCAGCUAGGGGUGUCAGCUGAGCUCUUUCUCAGUGUUGCUCAGCUGGUAGCAGAACUGCUCCAUUUAGGAUAGUGGGGGCAUCUUUUCCCCACCUUGCUGUCAACUCAGUCACCCCAUGGUAGGUGAAUAGGUGGCAUCUCUGGUCUCACCGCACCAGCCAGAGCUGUCUGCUGGGUGCAAGGAUGGAGCUGGUGAAAGAUGGCCCUGGUUUCACGUGAGGGUUUAUCGAGCAGGAAGAGCCUGUGUGCUGGCCCCAUACCUCGCUGGGAACAGUUACCAGCUGCUGACUCAUACAAAACUCUGGCACUAAUUAACUGCGGCUGCUGCCAGCAGGAAGAGGGGUGGGAUGCGGGCAGGGCUGCGAUUGGUUUGGGGCUGCGGAUGCAGGGUGGGAUUUGGUGCUGCUGUGCUCCCCAUUACAACAUCUAGAGGGGCUCUUCCUUCGAGGUGGGAACGCAGUGGCCCGGGAGGUUGGGGCUCAGCCUUGUGAGCUGGCAUCCGGCAUGUCUUUCAUCCAGGUGGACAAGGACUCGGAUUUUCCUCUCCAAAAUCUCCCCUAUGGGAUUUUCUCCACAAGGGAGGAGCCUCGGCACAGGAUUGGGGUAGCGAUUGGAGACCAAAUUUUGGAUCUCAGUGUCAUCAAGCAUCUGUUUAAUGGACCGGCUCUUGCCAAACACCAGCACGUCUUUGAGCAGCCCACCCUCAAUGCCUUCAUGGGGCUCGGCCCCAUGGCCUGGAGGGAAGCCCGGGCCCUGCUGCAGUCACUGCUGUCAGCCACGGAGCCAACGCUGAGGGACAACGUCGGCCUGCGGAAACGGGCAUUUGUACCUCAGGCUUCUGCUACCAUGCACCUGCCAGCACACAUUGGAGAUUACACUGACUUCUACUCGUCACGACAGCAUGCCACCAAUGUUGGGAUCAUGUUCCGGGGGAAGGAGAACGCUCUGAUGCCCAACUGGCUGCACCUACCUGUUGGGUAUCAUGGCCGGGCGUCUUCCGUCGUGGUGUCCGGGACACCCAUCCGGAGACCUGUGGGGCAAACGAGACCUGACAAUGAUAAACCUCCAGUGUUUGGUGCUUGCAAGCGUCUCGAUAUCGAGUUAGAAAUGGCAUUCUUUGUAGGACCUGGCAACAAGCACGGGGAGCCGAUCCCAGUCAGCAGAGCCCACGAGCACAUCUUUGGGAUGGUCCUCAUGAAUGACUGGAGUGCCCGUGACAUCCAGAAAUGGGAAUAUGUUCCUCUGGGCCCAUUCCUGAGCAAGAGCUUUGGCACAACCAUCUCCCCUUGGGUCGUCACCAUGGAAGCUCUCAUGCCAUUCCUGCUGCCAAACCCUGUCCAGGAUCCCAAGCCACUGCCUUACCUUCGGGAUGAAGAACCCUACACUUUUGACAUCAAUCUCUUUGUUGCGAUAAAAGGAGAAGGAAUGAGCAUGCCAACUACUAUAUGCAAAUCCAAUUUCAAGCACAUGUACUGGACCAUGAAGCAGCAACUGGCGCAUCACUCGAUCAAUGGGUGCAACCUCCGGCCUGGAGACCUCCUGGCAUCGGGAACCAUCAGUGGGCCCGAGCCUGAGAGCUUCGGCUCCAUGCUGGAGCUUUCUUGGAAUGGGACAAAAGAAAUUCCUCUUGGCCAUGGACAGUCUCGUAAAUUCCUGCAGGAUGGAGAUGAAGUCAUUAUAACAGGUUACUGCCAAGGCAGCGGCUACCGCGUGGGCUUUGGCCAAUGCUCAGGAAAAAUCCUCCCAGCUGUGCUGGGUCCAUGAUGUUUGCAGGAAGGGGACAUCCAGGAGGAGGAGUAAAAGAAGGAGGAAGAUAAGGGAAAGCAGAAGGAGGACCUCUCCCCCACCUCUAAUAGCUGUGCUACAGAACUCAGAUUUAUUAUUUUUAUAUGAGUGAUUGGAAUCCUACUGUUUUUAAUUAUCAAUAAAUAUC